UCUCGAUGUGUACAUCGAGGAUGUAACAAAUCGCACCCACGCGCUCUUGUUUAUGACAUGCGUUUUGUGUUUCCUCUCGUUUCAAAGCUCGAAUGAUAUUUUGAUGUCGACAAAAUUAGUAAAGUGCAAAGCGUGUCAUGAGAACACAGCCAAGUACAAAUGCCCCCGCUGUUCAAUUCAAACAUGUAGCCUGAAGUGUUGUGAACAGCAUAAAAAAGAUGCAGGAUGCAAUGGUCAGCGGGACAAGACUGCUUACGUCCCUGUCAAGGAUUUCACUGACAUGAACCUAUUAAGUGAUUACAGAUUACUGGAGGACCUGGAUCGGUCUCUAUGGCGGUACAGAAAAAACAAAAUUGUUAACGGUAACAACAGGCCACAUUAUCAAAUACGUCUUCGGAAGGAAGCUCAUCACAGAGGCAUCAAACUUCAGUUACUCCCAGAGGGUUUCAAAAAACGCAAAAUCAAUUCAUCGGUAUAUGUCUUUAGCCAGAAAGCCAUCCGAUGGCAUAUCGAAUUGCAAUUCCCAAAAGUAAAACAGGAGGCUUCAUUGAUCAGGGUCCAUGAGGGAAGCCUUCUCGGAGAUGAAUUGAAAACAUACCUCAAUUCGCCAACCACGUCACAUCUAUUAUGGAAAGACUUCCGCGAUAACUUUGAUGAGUUGACGCUACUUGUUGAAUCAGAGAAAACAAAUUCAAGGCAGAAUCUGUAUCGACGUGUCGACCCUUCCAAGUCUAUAAGUGACAAUCUAAAAGGACAUCUAGUUGUAGAAUUCCCCUCUAUCCAUGUUGUGACCAAGGAUGAACUUGGCAGAUAUAGACUCGUGGGAGAGGAAGCAGCUGGCCGAGCUGGGGAGGAGAGCAACACAGGCGAAAGUGAAAAUGAGGAACCACCCUGUAAACCAGAUGAGGAACCACCCUGUAAACGACUAAAACCUAACAGGGAAAACUGUCGAGAUGAUGGUGAUGAAAACAAUGUUGAAAGAACAUCAAUGGAUGCCACAGGAAAUGAAGUCUCUCAGAGUAGUGAUAAUCGACACGCAUCAGUGGAUGUCAUGGAAAUAAAGACUGCAGAAACUGUUUCCGUGAUUAAAAACGGAGCUCUAAAGGACAAUGGCAUGGAAGUGCAAAGUCAAAGCACUGGCAAAGAUUCUCAUGAGAAUGAGAUAACAGACAAACUAAACAUAGAGUGUGGUGAAAAGGCCAAUGGAAAGGACAAUGGUAAUACAAUAUAAAGACUUCAUUCUGAUGACAAAAGAUUUGAACUGUAUUUAGAGAAUGGACAAGUUUGAUAGCACUGGUGGUGACAGCUUGUAUGUUCUCUUUUUGUACAUUAUACAUUGCGCUGACUCCCCCUUGUUAAUUGUCAUAUCAUCAUGUACCAUUUUCCAACAAAUAGUAAAUAUAUAAGU